CCGGCACCGGAAGUGUGCGGUUGCCAUGUAAUAUCCUGGCUGCGCGGGCGCGCGGGGCUGAGGCGGCGCCGGGGCGGGCUCGGGAGCUGGCGAGCGAGUGGCGGAGGCGGCGCCCACGGAGGCCGCUGAGGCGCGCGAGGGGUCGGCGGCGCCCAGGAGCCUGUCGCUUGCACGGUCCCUGCGGUUCGCUCGGUCCGGGCGGGAGGCCCGACGGCGCGAGGCAGCAUGUCGGUGGCGGGUCUGAAGAAGCAGUUCUACAAGGCGAGCCAGCUGGUCAGCGAGAAGGUCGGAGGGGCCGAGGGGACGAAGCUGGACGAUGACUUCAAAGAAAUGGAGAAGAAGGUGGAUGUCACCAGCAAGGCGGUGACAGAAGUACUGGCCAGAACCACCGAGUACCUGCAGCCUAACCCAGCUUCGCGGGCCAAGCUGACCAUGCUCAACACCGUGUCCAAGAUCCGGGGCCAGGUGAAGAGCCCCGGCUACCCGCAGCCCGAGGGCCUCCUGGGCGAGUGCAUGAUCCGCCACGGCAAGGAGCUGGGUGGCGAGUCCAACUUCGGCGACGCCCUGCUGGACGCUGGGGAGUCCAUGAAGCGCCUGGCGGAGGUGAAGGACUCGCUGGACAUAGAGGUCAAGCAGAACUUCAUCGACCCCCUGCAGAACCUGUGUGAGAAGGACCUGAAGGAGAUCCAGCACCACCUGAAGAAGCUGGAGGGCCGCCGCCUGGACUUCGACUACAAGAAGAAGCGGCAGGGCAGGAUCCCCGACGAGGAGCUGCGCCAGGCGCUGGAGAAGUUCGAGGAGUCCAAGGAGGUGGCGGAGACCAGCAUGCACAACCUGCUGGAGACCGACAUCGAGCAGGUGAGCCAGCUCUCCGCCCUGGUGGACGCCCAGCUGGACUACCACCGGCAGGCCGUGCAGAUCCUGGACGAGCUGGCCGACAAGCUCAAGCGCAGGAUGCGCGACGCCUCCUCACGCCCCAAGCGGGAAUACAAGCCCAAGCCCCGGGAGCCCUUUGACCUAGGGGAGCCGGAGCAGUCCAAUGGGGGCUUCCCCUGCGCCCCAGCCCCCAAGAUCACAGCUUCUUCAUCGUUCCGAUCUUCCGACAAGCCCGUCCGGACCCCCAGCAGGAGUAUGCCGCCCCUAGACCAGCCGAGCUGCAAGGCGCUGUAUGACUUCGAGCCAGAGAACGACGGGGAGCUGGGCUUCCGCGAGGGCGACGUCAUCACGCUGACCAACCAGAUCGACGAGAACUGGUACGAGGGCAUGCUGGACGGCCAGUCGGGCUUCUUCCCCCUCAGCUACGUGGAGGUGCUGGUGCCCCUGCCUCAGUGACCCGCCUGCGUUCCACGUGCCCCUGCGGCCUGCGGGGGCUCCGGGCCCCUCGGUACUCCCUGAGCAGGGCCUGGCACCUGGGGUGGGCCCGUUUACACUAGCGCUCGCCCCUGUGCGGGGUGGCAGCUCCCCGCGUGGGCAGCUGUCCUUCCUGCUCACACUAAGGUGCUCUUAGAAACACUAACGUUCCUGGGCGGACCCUCCCCACGCCUCCGUCCUGACUGCCCUGGGGCCCAGCCCCUUUGACACCCCCUCGCAGCCCGUUGCUGGCGAUGGGCCUCGGCCCCCACUCCGGGGCUCCCCGGCUGUCCCCCAGCCUCGCACACGUGCCACUUCCCCCCAGAGUGAGGGGCAGGGCCUCACGGCUCCCCCAGCCAGCUGUCAGCUUGCAGCUGGGGACAGAGACCAGCUGGGGUCCCCAGGGGCUGCCCUGCCCGAGGACACGCCCUCUGCCAGGAGCCUCGGUGCCCCGCCCCGCCCCCACAAGGCCGAGUACCUUUCCAGCUUUUUAACUGCCCCAGCCAAGCACAGGGAGGUGUGUCUCACCCUCUGGCACAAGAUGCCGCCACCAGCUGCACCCACACGCCCCCAACACCGCUCGCACGGGACCACAGGGCCCCCAGUCCCCCCAGCCUUAGGCUCAAGCACAAAGGCUCUGAUGAGAGAAUGUUCCUGGACCCCUGGCUGCUGGGCCCCUUCCUGAGCCUGCACCCUCCGCCCUGUGGGAAGCGUCCCAGCCAUCUCUAUGCCGAGGCGCAGCCCUCGGGGUCCCUGAGACCCUGCCCAGACCAGCAGGGCCCCAGCCUGGCAUCCACUUCCCCUGUGGCCUAACCCAAAAACCAGCCAAACUGGGGUCGGGGGGGGCCUCUGGGCCUGACUGCGUUCACAUUCCCCUCCCUGCAUCCCCCUCCUCACCAUUACUUCGGGGGACGCAGAUGCCUCAGCUGAGAUGACCAGUAUAGCCUUGGCCGUGGUCUAGGGCAGCUCCAAAUGUACUCCUGAUUUUUUAAGAAAAGAAGUUAUUAAAUGUCUCUUUCUACAGCCCUGGCCUCGUCUUGGUGCAGGGUGGGCCUCCUCUCCCAGACACCCUCGUGCCAGCCACCCCGA